AUGGCCUGCAUCUCACUUCGACAAUCUAUCCAGUGGUUUCCAACCCCAGCGUCUGAAUCCACCCAGACAGUAGUUUUGUCGAGCCUCAAGACAGGUGCAUUUCUCGACGUUAGAUUCGAUAAGAGUACGAGAAAGCUUGAUUGGGCCUUUGCAGGCUUUCGAGUAACGGGUGAGUCGGUAGUCAAUCCAACAUCUUUUAGACCGGUGCUUCUAGAGCUGGGGACGAACAAGACGCGAUUCCAACAUCACAUCGACUCGAACACACUUGAUCCUCUCAGCGUCGUCGAUAUCGGAGUCAACCAGUCCCUGCCAGAUGGCACUAUCCUUGAGUCUGGCGAGAUGGUUAACCCUGAAACAGUAAAGGGGUGUUUGUACGCAAUGCAGACAACACAACUUGGCGCGCCUGUGUCGGUCGAAGGCAACUUGCUUUGGGAAGAAGAAGGUCUGAUCUGGAAUUUUGGGCAUGGCAAGCAUGGCAAGCAGAGGAUGGACAGUGGAUGCGAGGGUACUCGACCGACCACUCUGUCGAUGGCAACACUGAUUUCUUACCGGGAGAUGCAAUUGAUUGGGAGCGCUUUGCAUUUACUGAAUGGGCAGGCGACCGCCCUGACUGUACCUGUACCUUCUCCCAAUGUGAAGUAUAAAGCCCAGCUCAUUCUUCUUCAAUAUGCGCAACAAAUGCAUUUACACUCCGCGGGCCUGUUGCUAUGGCUGCUUAUCCUCGUCAGUACCGGCUUGGUCGCCUCACAAGCUGCCACAUAUGACCCCAGCCCUUUCAAUUUCAUCGGUAUUAUUGAUGCGAUGACUUUGGACAAUUCCGAAGACCCUCUAGCGGGCGGCACUAUCACCGUCAAUAAUUUUCAUAUCGUUAUCCCCACAAAUCUCUUGCUCACGCUUCCCUCAAUCACUUGUGCGUGGUCGGAGAUGUUUGAUGAAACUGGGAAGCCUCUUCUCCCGCUUUUCUUAUCUGAAGGUGUUGCAUGGGAAGCUACUGUCUGGGGCAACCAAGUCAACGGCACACGAAUCGCCGGCUUGGUGUAUAUUGCGCAACAGUCAGUUCAGUCGCUGCAAGGAUUUAUCACUUCCAUCGACUACACCACCGGCCACUUUUUCAUCGACAAUACCGAGGUAGUUCUCAACGACCCUGUGGGACGUUUCGGGCCCAUGUACAAGGAAUUGCCACUCUUUACGGUCGAUGCCGAUAAUCCAUCAAUUCGUUCUUCAACAGGUUUUCCUCUGUGUAUUCCCCGAAAUGCAACCGACCCGGAAUGCCCUUUGACUAACCGGCCGAUGGACAUUCAUGGGUCAUAUCUGACAUCCUUCACCAUGCCCGACCCGGCUCAUAUUGCCAAUGGCAGUGUAGGACUCGAUCCGCGCAUUAUGGUCCCGCUUGUUGUUGGUGAUUAUGUCACCUACAGUGGAACCAAAGUUCCUGGAGACUUACUUGCGAUUUAUUCGCUGGAGGCCAAUAUAGGAAUCUUCACGACCGCGGGCACGCAGCCAGCUUACAUCACUUGUGCGGCUGCUCAGUAUGGCAUAGUGGUACCCGAUCCAACGGUUGAGACUGGCGAAACCCGAGCAACUUCAUUGUCGACAGAUCCAGGGACGACGGUACAAUGGUUUGCUAUCGACAUCGACCCAUGCACAGGAGAACAAACAGAGCGGAACCUUGAACUGGUGCAACCUUCGAGUAAGGUGCCAAUUGGACGCAGCGUGUUCCGCCUAGGCAAGGUCGAUGCAUCACCUGCCACUCGUUAUGUUGGUUUUCGAUAUAGCAAUGGUGUCGUCGCUGGCCCACGGGGGAUCAUUGCUGGCCAGUUCAUUCAGCCCAUUUUCGACUACAUAUUCCCAGAACUUGUAUCGUUUGGCAGCCCGGAACUACCCAACCAAUUCGACUUGAUACCUUACCUGAGCGCUGGGGGUGGGCCAUUGGUCUACGGCAAUUAUCUGGCAAUUCCGCCUCCGACUCCCCUCGUCGUGGGGCAACUUGAUCCCUGGCCGGGAUUUCCGAGGCCAACCCCGAUUUCUUGUCCACCUACUAGCACGCAACCAAGCGCUUCAAAUACGCCAUCCAGCACAGCUACAGGUUCCGUUGAUAUCAUCACCAUCCUUUCAGUGACGACGCGAAACCAGAAAGGGAUGACGAUGAUCACAGUUGUCGCUCUGACAAAUAGUGAUCUUUCACAACUGUCUCUUUCAGUUGUCGGCGCAGAUAUAGUAAAGCCACAGCUGAUGACACCACUUGGCUUCAAUGAGUUCACAUUAACUAUCGCUACCAAGGGAAAACCAACGGCAGUCAUCGUAACAUCCAGCUAUGGAGGCUCAGCCACCCAGAACACAUAA